UUUCCCCAGUAAACUUGUUUCUCCGUUCAGCUCAUGUUAUUUAUAAUGCAACUACACACGAAGCUGAGGUAGUUGGUACAAUGAUGUUGUUAUUUUCUUAAGUAAUCGGAGACAUAUUCAGGUAAAACAAUACACUUAGGCAGAUUUUUCACCCAACGUCAAGCACUUUUUUGUUUAUACAGGAAUGUUUGCCUGAAAUUCGAGAAUCUGGUUAAAUAUGAAGACUGAGUUGGUUUCCUCACAGUUGAGUAUGUAUGAGAUAUCGUUCAUAGCAGCGACAUUAGCGCCCUUAGUAAUGGUGGACAUGUUAGAGUAAUUAAGAAGCAACCUAGGUCAUUUCAUCAUUAGUAUCUUAGUGAAUGAAACCGAUUUUUGGAGUUAUAUAGAGUCGAUCCCAGUUAAUGAAAACGUGUAAUAUGUGAGUAAUAAUUAUAAUUUAUCAAAAUCAUUUCUUCAUUGGCAAAUUAGGAGAGACAAAUAAUACAAAAGUGUUUCGGUGUGCAGAUUGCCUAUUUGUGUAACGUUUUAAUUACGUAGACAUGAUUCAGUUUUAUUGUGAAAUACGUAGUCACUCCGAAGCUUAUUAAGUUGUUAGUGUUCACCUCAGUGCUUUCAGAGAUCAAUAUGUUGGCCUAAAGCGAGAGGUGACAUGAUGUAGCAUUCGACUUUAGUAUACUUCGUCGAUCGAAAGACGUUUUAUCUUCCGCUUCUAUUGUCACUCGUUUCGUUUCUCACCUAGAAUUUUAUUCGGUCUUCAGAAGCACAAUGGUUAACUUCACUGUUCAAUAUAGAUCCGAUAUCUCACCAAAAGGAUUUUAAUCGCCUUAUAGCAGCAAAUGACAAUAAGAUACAUGGGAUGUCAUUUUUCUCCCAGCCACGAGCAUACGAGCAAUUCGCCGUUCCAUAUUCCAGAAAACCAGAAGGUAGUAUUGUACUAUGACUUUGGUCAUGGUGAAGCGCGAACUGCGAUUCUUAUCGUUUUCGAAACGGGGAAACAUUUCGGGAAUAAGGUCAAACUUUAUGCACAUACGAGGGUACAGAAACCCCAAAAGUACACUGCGGUUCUUUUUUGCAAAUUAAUCUGCAGAUAUCAUGUCAAGAUCAACGGACAAACUGUUGUUACCCAUUCACUCGCUGAUGUAGAAUAAUUUUGAAAUUGAGAAUGGUAGUUACCAGUUUUCUGGUGGCUGUAAUGUUAAAUUAAGACGCGUACAUAGGAAAGAAAAAUACAGCUUGUUUAUAUAAGCGAAAAUAUUUAACUGCUAAUUAGUUUCUGGUUUCAACCUGUCGAGGAAUAUCUGAAGAUGUAAUAUGUUGACUGACUGCGAGGAAUUAUAUUUGGCACUGCUGGGCGGAUUUGCUGUGAUUUUCUAGCUAUAUUAAUGUCCUCUUUCAAGUACAAGACUUUUACUUAUAUUAGAAACGGCUCCUAACCGUGGCAUUUGUGCGGUUGUAAUCGACGUCGCAUCGUUGACGCGAAUCGAUUCAUUGCUACGGACAGUUUUCGAAUACUUCGUCAGUGCUAUGCAACACAGAGUCACGAACGCUGAAUAAUUAGUACGCCACGUAUCACAAAAGGUAGGCAAAUGUUAUCUGUUAUGGGAAUAAUCACAGCUACUCUGUAGUAGAGAUGAAAUUGUGUGUUGCAUAUAUGUGUAUAUAUUCAUUGUGGAUAAGUAAACGACUGCGUGGUAGCUCUGGUAAAUCUCACUUACAAAUUUCUUUGAAAAGUAACAUUGGGAAGAGCUCGAAGAUUUUUUGUUUGAUCCAGAGAUAAUUCAGUUUGUAAUUUAAGCGAAAUAAAUACAACACGCGGUGUUAAAUUUGCAUUAACGUCAGUGUGCCUUGUUGGAGUUUUGCGCGCAACAUAAAAAUGGAAAUAACUGUUGCCUGUGGAAACGAUGGAACUGGCGUUCCUAAGGGUCGACUGAGGUAUCGAGUGCGCUCGAAAGGCUCGACCCGCGCGCCCUCUGCGUCGCAGAUAUCGCAGCCACGAAAACAAAAAACUCUCGACGGAAAGCGACUAUAGGCGCGGCGCCCGAAAUGGACUGAGGACCUCUCGUCUAGAAACGCGUCGCGUAACGUAAUACAUCUAUAUAUAAAGAUUGGCAAGUCAAUUGGUGUGACGGGCGAAGAGGUGAGGUGUGAAGGGAUAAAUACAUUGGGGCCGCGACGGCGCAACUGGCACCUGCGCAGUGCGCGCCCGGCCGCGCCCAGAAAUAGCGCAAACAAAAGUGCGCAUACCCACGUCAGCCCAACAAGGCGGCCGAAAGCCAACACCGCAGGCGCCGCUAUUUAUACUGGCCGCACACCGCACGCCCACACCGCCUCACGCCAACACGCCUACAUUUUUCCGGGAAAUUCAGUGUCACUGCCGCGCAUUCCUCUGCGCUACCCGAUAUUUGGCGCACGGGAGAAGGGGAAAACGUGCCCUCAAUUUAAAGCGACUGACGACCGCAGCUCAGUCAGUACGAGUGCUGCUUGCUGCUGAUAGGAAGGCUCCAGGGCUGUUCCACGUGUCUGUUAGCCGGUCCGCCGCUCUCUCAAAAUGCCUGGUAUGCCAAAGAAGACGGAGGGGGAGGACCCAGACCCCACCCCCUACCUGUUCGUCUCUCUGGAACAGAAGCGCAUCGACCAAACCAAACCUUACGAUGCGAAGAAGGCAUGUUGGGUACCCGACGAGAAGGAGGGUUACGUGCUGGGAGAGAUCAAGGCAACUAAGGGCGACCUGGUAACGGUCACGCUGCCUGGUGGCGAGGAGAAGAACUUCAAGAAGGAUCAGGUUUCUCAAGUAAACCCCCCUAAGUAUGAGAAAUGCGAGGAUAUGUCCAACUUGACAUAUCUUAAUGACGCUUCAGUCUUGCAUAACCUGAAGCAACGAUACUACCAUAAGCUCAUUUACACCUACUCCGGCCUCUUCUGUGUGGCUAUCAACCCCUACAAGCGCUUCCCUGUCUACACCAACCGCUGCGCCAAGCUUUACCGAGGCAAGAGGCGUAAUGAAGUGCCACCCCACAUCUUUGCCAUUUCUGACGGCGCCUACGUCAACAUGUUGACCAACCGUGAAAACCAGUCUAUGUUGAUCACAGGAGAGUCUGGAGCAGGAAAAACUGAAAACACGAAGAAAGUAAUUUCGUACUUCGCCACCGUCGGUGCCAGCUCGAAGAAAGAUGAACAGCAGUCUUCGAAGAAGGGCACUCUGGAGGACCAGGUCGUGCAAACUAACCCGGUACUUGAGGCGUUCGGUAACGCCAAGACCGUGCGAAAUGACAACUCCUCGCGAUUCGGUAAAUUCAUCAGAAUUCACUUCGGUCCUUCUGGAAAGCUGGCUGGAGCUGAUAUUGAAACAUAUCUGCUGGAGAAGGCCCGUGUCAUCUCACAGCAGCCCUUGGAGCGUUCAUACCACAUCUUCUACCAGAUGAUGUCCGGCGCUGUUCCUGGCCUGAAGGAAAUCUGUCUCCUUUCCAACGACAUCAAUGACUAUCACUUCGUCUCGCAAGGAAAGACCUCUAUUCCCGGCGUAGAUGAUGGAGAGGAAAUGCAGAUUACCGAUGAAGCCUUCGAUGUGCUGGGUUUCACCCAAGAGGAGAAGAACGACGUGUACAAGAUCACAGCUGCCGUCAUGCACAUGGGUGGCAUGAAAUUCAAGCAGCGCGGCCGAGAAGAGCAGGCUGAAGCCGACGGCACAGUUGAAGGUGAGCGCGUCGCUAAGUUGCUGAUGACCAGCGCUGAGGACUUGUACAAGAACUUGCUGAAACCAAGGAUCAAGGUCGGAAACGAGUUCGUCACCCAGGGUAGGAACAAGGACCAGGUCGCCUACUCCGUAGGUGCCAUGUCCAAGGCCAUGUUCGACAGGCUGUUCAAGUGGCUGGUGAAGAAGUGUAACGAGACACUGGACACUAAGCAGAAGAGGCAGCACUUCAUUGGUGUACUGGAUAUUGCCGGUUUCGAGAUUUUCGACUUUAACGGCUUCGAGCAACUCUGCAUCAACUUUACCAACGAGAAGCUGCAGCAGUUCUUCAACCACCACAUGUUUGUACUGGAGCAGGAAGAGUACAAGACUGAGGGAAUCGUCUGGACUUUCAUUGACUUUGGCAUGGACCUGCAAGCUUGCAUUGAACUUAUUGAGAAGCCUAUGGGUAUCCUGUCAAUCCUGGAGGAAGAGUCUAUGUUCCCCAAGGCGACAGACAAGACCUUUGAGGAGAAGCUGAUGAACAACCACUUGGGCAAGUCUCCCAACUUCAUGAAACCGAAACCGCCAAAACCCGGUCAGCCCGCUGCCCACUUUGCCAUUGCUCACUACGCCGGAACGGUGUCCUACAACAUCACAGGGUGGCUUGAGAAGAACAAGGACCCCCUGAACGACACCGUCGUCGACCAGUUCAAGAAAUCCGGCAACAAGCUGCUGGUAGAGAUCUUCGCCGACCAUCCUGGACAGUCUGGCGGUGCUGAAGCCGCUGGUGGUGGCAAGGGUGGACGUGGAAAGAAGGGUGGUGGUUUCGCCACCGUGUCUUCGUCCUACAAGGAGCAACUGAACAACUUGAUGACCACCCUAAGGAGCACACAGCCUCACUUUGUGCGUUGUAUCAUCCCCAACGAGUUGAAGCAGCCAGGUCUGAUUGACUCUCACCUGGUAAUGCACCAGCUCACCUGUAACGGUGUACUUGAGGGUAUCCGUAUUUGCCGAAAGGGAUUCCCCAACAGGAUGGUGUAUCCAGACUUCAAGCUCCGAUACAAGAUUCUAGCUCCCCAAGCCGUGGAUGCUCUUAAAGGAGACGACCCAAAGAAGAUGGCCCAGACAAUUCUGGAUGCUGUGAACCUUGACACCGAGUCUUACCGUUUGGGUCACACCAAGGUGUUCUUCAGAGCUGGAAUCCUGGGUCAGAUGGAAGAGUUGCGAGACGAGCGUCUUGGCAAGAUCAUCAGUUGGAUGCAGGCCUGGAUCAGAGGUUACCUGGCAAGGAAGGAGUACAAGAAGCUCCAGGAACAGAGAGUGGCCCUCCAGGUGGUACAGCGCAACCUGCGCAAGUACCUGCAGCUCCGCACCUGGCCAUGGUGGAAGUUGUGGCAGAAGGUCAAGCCUCUGCUCAACGUCACGCGCAUAGAGGAUGAGAUUAAGAAACUCGAGGAGAAAGCACAGAAGGCACAGGAGGCCUUUGAGCGGGAAGAGAAGGCGCGCAAGGAAGUUGAGGCCCUCAACUCCAAGCUGCUGGAGGAGAAGACGGCGCUACUCGCCCAGCUGGAAGGAGAGAAGGGCUCUCUGGGUGAAGUCCAGGAGCGUGCCAACAAGCUGCAGGCCCAAAAGGCGGACCUCGAGUCUCAGCUCAGGGACACACAAGACCGUCUCCAGCAGGAGGAAGAUGCACGCAACCAGCUCUUCCAGUCCAAGAAGAAGCUCGAGCAGGAGAUCUCUGGCCUCAAGAAGGAUGUCGAGGACCUCGAACUCGCCGUCCAAAAGGCUGAGCAAGACAAGGCCACCAAGGACCACCAGAUCCGCAACCUCAACGACGAGAUCGCCCACCAGGACGAGCUGAUCAACAAGCUGAACAAGGAGAAGAAGAACCAGGGCGACAUCAACCAGAAGACCGCUGAGGAGUUGCAGGCUGCUGAAGACAAGGUGAACCACUUGAACAAGGUGAAGGCCAAGCUCGAGCAGACGCUGGACGAACUGGAGGACUCUCUGGAGCGUGAGAAGAAACUUCGUGGCGACGUUGAGAAGGCCAAGCGAAAGGUUGAGGGUGACCUCAAGCUGACCCAGGAAGCCGUGGCCGACCUCGAGCGUAACAAGAAGGAACUCGAGCAGACCAUCCAGCGCAAGGACAAGGAGAUCUCGUCGCUUGCUGCUAAGCUCGAAGAUGAACAGUCUCUCGUGUCCAAACUGCAGAAACAGAUCAAGGAACUGCAGGCUCGCAUCGAGGAGCUCGAGGAAGAAGUUGAAGCUGAACGCCAAGCGAGAGCUAAGGCUGAGAAGCAGCGCGCCGACCUGGCCCGCGAACUGGAAGAGCUGGGAGAACGCCUCGAGGAAGCCGGCGGUGCCACCUCCGCGCAGAUCGAGCUCAACAAGAAGCGCGAAGCCGAGCUGAGCAAGCUGCGCCGCGACCUGGAAGAGGCUAACAUCCAGCACGAGAGCACGCUCGCCAACCUGCGCAAGAAGCACAACGACGCCGUCGCCGAGAUGGGAGAGCAGAUUGACCAGCUCAACAAGCUCAAGGCCAAAGCCGAAAAGGACAAAGCUCAGUUCGCCUCAGAGCUGAACGACCUGCGAGCGGGAGUCGACCACUUGUCCAACGAGAAGGCCGCCGCAGAGAAGGUUGCCAAGCAACUGCAGCACCAGCUCAACGAAGUCCAGGGCAAGCUGGACGAGUCCAACCGCACGCUCAACGACUUCGAUGCCGCCAAGAAGAAGCUGUCCAUCGAGAACUCCGACCUCCUGCGGCAGUUGGAGGAAGCCGAGUCGCAGGUGUCGCAGCUGAGCAAGCUCAAGAUCUCGCUCACCACGCAGCUCGAGGACACCAAGCGUCUGGCGGACGAGGAAUCUAGGGAGCGCGCUACACUGCUGGGCAAGUUCCGCAACCUGGAGCACGACCUGGACAACGUACGCGAGCAGCUGGAAGAGGAAGCCGAAGCCAAGGCUGACAUCCAGAGGCAGCUGUCCAAGGCCAACGCCGAGGCACAACUGUGGCGCUCCAAGUACGAGUCCGAAGGUGUGGCUCGCGCCGAAGAGCUCGAGGAAGCCAAGCGUAAGCUGCAGGCCCGUCUUGCUGAGGCUGAGGAGACCAUCGAGUCACUGAACCAGAAGGUCGUCGCUCUCGAGAAGACCAAGCAGCGCCUGUCCACUGAGGUCGAAGACCUGCAACUGGAGGUCGACCGCGCUACUGCCCUGGCGAACGCCGCUGAGAAGAAGCAGAAGGCCUUCGACAAGAUCAUUGGCGAAUGGAAGCUCAAGGUCGAUGACUUGGCUGCCGAGCUGGACGCCAGCCAGAAGGAAUGCCGCAACUACUCGACCGAACUCUUCCGUCUCAAGGGAGCGUACGAGGAGGGCCAGGAGCAGCUGGAGGCAGUGCGUCGCGAGAACAAGAACUUGGCCGACGAGGUGAAAGAUCUGCUGGACCAGAUCGGCGAGGGUGGCCGCAACAUUCACGAGAUCGAGAAGGCAAGGAAGCGACUGGAGGCCGAGAAGGACGAGCUGCAGGCAGCUCUGGAGGAGGCCGAAGCCGCCCUGGAGCAGGAGGAGAACAAGGUGCUGCGCUCGCAGCUGGAACUGUCGCAGGUGCGCCAGGAGAUCGACCGCCGCAUCCAGGAGAAGGAGGAAGAAUUCGAGAACACAAGGAAGAACCACCAGCGUGCUCUCGACUCCAUGCAAGCCAGCUUGGAGGCUGAAGCAAAGGGCAAGGCUGAAGCUCUGCGUAUGAAGAAGAAGCUCGAGGCCGACAUCAACGAGCUUGAGAUCGCUCUGGACCACGCCAACAAGGCCAACGCCGAGGCGCAGAAGAACAUCAAGAGAUACCAGCAGCAGCUGAAGGACAUCCAGACCGCCCUGGAGGAGGAGCAGCGAGCCCGCGACGACGCCAGGGAGCUGUUGGGCAUCUCUGAGAGGCGCGCCAAUGCGCUGCAGAACGAGCUGGAAGAGUCCCGCACUCUGCUGGAGCAGGCCGACCGCGGCCGCCGACAGGCUGAACAGGAGCUCAGCGACGCGCACGAGCAGCUCAACGAGCUGUCUGCGCAGAACACCUCCAUCUCCGCCGCCAAGCGCAAGCUCGAGUCCGAGCUGCAGACCCUGCACUCUGACCUGGACGAGCUGUUGAACGAGGCCAAGAACUCCGAGGAGAAGGCGAAGAAGGCGAUGGUGGACGCAGCGCGAUUGGCUGACGAGCUCCGUGCCGAGCAAGACCACGCGCAGACGCAGGAGAAGCUGAGGAAAGCCCUCGAGCAGCAGAUCAAGGAACUCCAGGUACGAUUGGACGAAGCCGAGGCGAACGCUCUCAAGGGUGGCAAGAAGGCGAUCCAGAAACUGGAACAGCGCGUACGGGAGCUGGAGAACGAACUGGAUGGCGAACAGAGGAGGCACGCGGACGCACAGAAGAACCUGCGCAAGAGCGAGCGCCGCAUCAAGGAGCUCAGCUUCCAGGCAGAGGAGGACCGCAAAAACCACGAGCGCAUGCAGGACCUGGUCGACAAGCUGCAGCAGAAGAUCAAGACCUACAAGAGGCAGAUAGAAGAAGCCGAGGAGAUUGCAGCCCUGAACUUGGCCAAGUUCCGCAAGGCACAACAGGAACUGGAGGAAGCGGAAGAGCGGGCAGACUUGGCUGAGCAGGCCAUCGCUAAGUACCGUGCCAAGGGUCGCGGAGGCUCCGCUGCUCGUGCACUCAGCCCACCCCCACACCGGCCCGCCAUCAGGCCGCAACUGGAUGGCAACGCCUUCCCACCACGAUUCGACCUCCAUCCUGAAGGCGAAUUCUAAUGACCAGCAUUUGGGAGUGCCAUGCAGUUAUAUGAUGGAAGCUUGAAAAUAUUUUAUUUUAUAUUUUGUUUGUCAAUAAAUAUAUUUAAGCUAUAUAUAUGUAUACUUGCUCGUAUAUGUAUAUGUAUACUUAUUCCAUAUUAUCAUCGUGUCACGUGGGAUAAGUGAGAUUGUCAUACUAGUGAGCCAGACCUUUGCCAAAGAAGCAGACACGUUCAAAUCAGCCCUAAUUCUUCGUUCGAUUCUGGUCCCUGGCUCGACUAACUUGUGUGACUGAUCACUUAAUGUACGUGGCUACUCAAGGAACCAAUAAAGAACUAAUUUUGCUAUUC